AUGCGGACCAUAAAGGAGUUGUGGUUUAACAAGCCUGCAUUUACUCGUGUUAGCUCAAACAGUACACCCGAGAAGAAAGAAAGCCCGGAACUCGCGACUGAAUCCUCACCCCUCACCGAACCCCCCUCUUCCUUUGUAUUCGACCAGAUAACACCAGACUCUGAACAAGACGCCGAAGCCCAUCUAAACGCGGCGCUAUAUCUGUCAACUCAAGAUACCCUACUUCAACCCCCUACAUGGCAUGAAAGUUUCCAAAGCAUUGACUCGGUCACCGGGGUCUCAUCUCUGAGUGAGAGUCUCAAUGGAAGCCAGCGCAUCAUCAAGGACGGCAAAGAGGUUGUCAUCAGCUCUGAUGGAGAAGACACAGACUCAAUAUGCUCGUUGGAGGACCCAAAGAACCUUUUCGCUCCAAAGUCUAGGAAGGACGAGUUCACGCCUCCCAAAUUCCCCACGAAGAUAUCAUCGCCGAAGAAAUACAGACACAACAUUGACUCUCUCGUCCACGAUGCAGUGGAUGAUAAUGAGGUCGAGGCUAGUGUCGCUCGGGCGAGAGCCAAUUAUGCGCAGAAAGAACUGAACGGCAAGGAGUCCGGGAAUGACCCGUCUAGCACUGGAUAUGCUCUGAAUGAGACCAUGUUGAUCUCCGCACUUGGCGAAAAUGAAGACGGCGUUGGAGGCCAACGUUUGAUAGGUGCUAUUAGAAGAACUGAUGCCCUUGACCACGGUCGCGCUUGGCCAUUCUUUGAUUGCACACAAACAUUGCCGCAGGCCCCUCAGUUUCCACGGGAUAUGUUCGCACCUGGGACAAGUAUGGAUAUAUUAAGGGAAUCCGAGUCUCGCGAGCGCCAGUUCAUGUCAGGCGAAUUUAUUCAGAUGGGUUUGUCUAAAGGGCUUUUGCCGGACGCCUUCGUUUUGUGGAUGUUUCGUUCCAUACCAUAUGAACGCCGAGAGGAACUGAGCAACGCUUACUACCGAAUUAUCAAGAAUAUGGAUGUGGAGCGAUUAAAGUCAAUCAUCCGUCCAGCUGAUAUCAAUGACCUUUUUGCGCGAUUGGGUGCUCGGAGCCAGGCUUUGGAUCCCUCCAAGGAGAUUAUCCCAGUUCUUUCCCAAUAUAUAACUCCGGAUUCUGCAUUGAAAGACCAUACUACAUUUGUUUCAGUCCUGAGAUUACUUAGAGAAACUGCUGGCUUAUUCGCAGAAGACACCCAAGAGCAGGUGGUGCUCCUACUGCUACGUCUUACCCUGGAUGUUUCAUUAACGGCGGAUUCCAUGGUAUCUUCGGAGCUUCAGUGGACCAUCAACGCUGUGUUGGAUCCAGAGAAUUUCCAUGAAACCAGUGCCAAAGAUUCGUUGCGUCGAGUCUGCGCCACAUUCUACGCCACUAUACAAGAUGUUUGCAUUCAGAGUCAAAUUGUGCAUCAUAUCUUACCCACGUCUCCAUGGUUUGCACUGAUACGAUGUCGGCUGGCCGUCGCGUUUCUGCUACGGAGUCCGGAUCCUCUUACCGAGCCCCCGGAAAAGUUGCUUGAUAUCAAACGUAUCACAUUGUUACUGCUCCGUGAUGAGCGUUUCCAAGUCAAGCGAUUCAAGGGUAUAGCUGACUACGACUGGAGGGAACUAACUUCCCUGACUGCCCUUCUCAAUGUCGCGAUUGAUUCAUCUGCGUUGGAGUUAAACUACAGUACACAAACCGAGAAAGACUACAAUGCUGCCAUUGAUAGGCUGGCAGCUCAGAUCAAGAUGAUAUUUUGCUCGAUCCAGGAUUCUGGUGCCUCACAUGUGACCCGGACGGUAGCAAAAAGUGAACUCGAGGCCUUACAUUAUCGAAUCGUCUAUUCUGUUCGGUCCAAACCACCGCCGAAAACCACCAUCUUCAAAUCACAUGUACAGGAGAGAGAUGGUAACAUCCGAAGCCAUUUCAGCAACUUCGCUGCGCUAGCUGCUGGAAAACAAAAUCCAGAGACCAGGCAAGAAAGGCAUCCGUCUGCGGAACCAGACGAUGCGAUUAAUGGUGACACAGAGAUUCCUAUCCGCGCGCAUGACCAGGUAUCCUGA